CGAGCGAUUUACCAGUGCUUCGUGUGGAGCGGCUCGGCCGAGACCAGGAAGCGCAAGGCAAAGUCGUGCAUUUGUCAUAUGUGUGGUGCCCACCUGAACAGACUCCACUCUUGCCUCUACUGUGUCUUCUUUGGCUGUUUUACAAAGAAACAUAUUCACGAGCACGCGAAGACAAAGCGACACAACUUAGCCAUAGACCUUUUGUAUGGGGGUAUAUACUGCUUUAUGUGUCAAGAUUACAUAUACGACAAAGACAUGGAACAAAUUGCCAAAGAAGAACAACGAAAAGCUUGGAAAUUACAAGCCUUCACCCCAACAGUGGUUUCUCACUACCAGUGUACAAUGACAGGCAUUGGAGAGAAGUAUUCAACAUGGGAGCCAACCAAACGAGAGUUAGAAUUGCUACGACACAACCCCAAGCGGAGAAAAAUAACCACAAACUGCACCAUAGGUCUACGAGGGCUAAUCAAUCUUGGGAACACAUGUUUUAUGAACUGUAUUGUCCAGGCACUUACCCACACUCCACUGCUGCGAGAUUUCUUCCUCUCCGACAGGCACAAAUGUGAAAUGCAAAGCCCCAGCUCAUGUCUGGUCUGUGAAAUGUCUACGCUUUUUCAGGAGUUUUACUCUGGGCACCGAUCUCCUCACAUUCCAUAUAGGUUAUUGCACCUGGUAUGGACUCACGCACGGCAUUUAGCAGGGUACGAGCAACAAGAUGCACACGAGUUCCUCAUUGCUGCAUUAGAUGUGCUACACAGACACUGCAAAGGUGAUGAUAAUGGGAAGAAGGCCAACAACCCCAACCACUGUAACUGCAUCAUAGACCAAAUCUUCACAGGUGGACUGCAGUCUGAUGUUACCUGUCAAGUCUGCCAUGGCGUUUCCACAACGAUAGAUCCUUUCUGGGACAUCAGUUUGGAUUUGCCAGGCUCCUCCACCCCGUUCUGGCCGCUGAGUCCGGGGAGCGAUGGCAGUGUCGUGAAUGGGGAAAGCCAUGUGUCAGGCACCACCACUCUCACAGACUGCUUGAGAAGGUUUACAAGGCCAGAACAUCUAGGAAGCAGUGCCAAAAUCAAAUGUAGUGGUUGCCAUAGCUACCAGGAAUCUACCAAACAACUCACUAUGAAGAAGUUACCCAUUGUGGCCUGUUUUCAUCUCAAACGGUUUGAACACUCAGCCAAACUGAGGCGAAAGAUCACUACGUAUGUCUCGUUUCCUCUGGAGCUGGACAUGACACCAUUCAUGGCUUCCAGUAAAGAGAGCAGAAUGAACGGGCAGUACCAGCAGCCGACGGAUAGUCUAAACAAUGAUAAUAAGUAUUCCUUGUUUGCAGUAGUUAAUCACCAGGGAACCUUGGAGAGUGGGCACUAUACCAGCUUCAUCCGGCAGCACAAGGACCAGUGGUUCAAGUGUGAUGAUGCCAUUAUCACCAAGGCUAGCAUUAAGGAUGUGCUAGACAGUGAAGGGUAUUUGCUGUUCUAUCACAAACAGUUCCUGGAGUAUGAAUAGCCUUAUC